AUGUAUUUUUCUGAAACGCGGGGAUCUAUGGUGAGGUAUCGACUGAUCCUGCUUCUGUUGUGCGGCUGGGAGGCGGUGUAUGGACAGCUCUCCUAUUCGGUUUCAGAGGAGGUAAACCCGGGGACGUUUGUGGGAAAUAUCGCCAAGGAUUUAAAUCUGAAUGUACAUGAACUUGAGUCACGCACAUUUCAGAUUGUCGCCGGUUCUCAGAAGAAAUAUUUCGAGGUGAAUUUAAAAACAGGAAUUUUGUAUGUGAAUGAGAGAAUUGACCGAGAGGAGCUGUGUCCGAACGCCCUAAAAUGUGUGGUUAGUGUUGAAGCUGUUAUUAAUGAUCCUCUAAGACUUUACCGUGUCGAAGUUAAUAUUGUGGAUGUUAAUGAUAAUGCUCCGUCUUUUCCAGAAAAAUUACAACAUGUGAAUAUUUCCGAAAACACGUUGCCCGGAGUGCGCUUUCCUUUACUGGAGGCAUAUGAUGCGGAUGUAGGUAAAAAUGCUGUAAACACGUAUAAGCUGAGUCCAAAUGAGCACUUCUCCCUGGCUUUGCACAAAGGAGAGAGCGUAUCCGCUGAGUUGGUGCUGCAGAGAGCUUUAGACCGAGAGAAACAGCCCGAGAUUCGGCUCAUACUGACUGCUGUAGACGGAGGAAAUCCACCGAGAUCUGGCACCAUGCAGAUUAUUGUGGAUGUCUUAGAUAACAACGAUAACGCUCCUGUGUUCAGCAGUUCUUUGUAUAAGGUUCGGAUCUAUGAAAAUACAUCACCGGGGACAUCGAUAAUAACUCUAAAUGCCACGGAUUUAGACGCAGGUUCAAAUGGUGAAAUCGUGUACUCCUUUAGUAAGCUUGCGCAAGGCCGUAUCUUAGACAUUUUCACAAUCGAUUCCCAUACGGGUACAGUUACAGUAAAAGGAGUGGUUGAUUUCGAACAAAAUAACGCGUUUGAAAUUCGUACUCAAGCUAGCGAUAGAGCUCAGCCACCUUUGGUAGCUCACUCAAAGCUUUUGAUCGAAGUGGUGGACAUAAAUGAUAAUAUUCCUCAAAUAACAGUGACAUCCCUCGUUAGCGCAGUGAAAGAAGACGCAAGCGUCGGCACAGCCAUAGCUCUGGUUUCAGUUCUUGAUAAAGAUGAUGGUAAAAAUGGGAACAUUAACUGUCACAUCCGUAAUGAAUGUCCAUUUAAACUGGAAACAAAUUAUAAGAACUACUAUUCGCUGGUAGUUGACGGGCCGUUGGACAGAGAGACCGCUUCUGAGUAUAAUGUCACCAUCACAGCUACUGAUGAGGGGACUCCGCCUCUCUCCAGCACCAGCGUCAUCACUGUGCAUGUCUCUGAUGUAAAUGACAACGCGCCUCACUUUCCAGAGCCCGUGAAUAACGUGUAUGUGAAAGAAAAUAGCCCAGUGGGGUCUGUGAUUUACACUGUAUCCGCCUUUGAUCCUGAUUUAAACGAAAAUGCAAAAGUUUCUUACUCUUUAUUGGAGACUUCGCCAAAAGGCGCGUCUGCGUCAGGCUCUGUCAAAGUGAACUCUAUGAGUGGCGAAGUAUACAGCCUGAAGUCUUUUAACUUCGAGGAAGUUAAAUCCUUCGAGUUUGAAAUCCAAGCCAUAGACUCCGGUGUUCCUCCACUAAGCAGCAACGUGGCUGUGAACGUUUUUAUCCUGGAUGAGAAUGACAACAGGCCAGCGGUCCUUCCACCCUAUUCUGACCAGGGCUCGGUUAAUACUGAGAACAUUCCCUAUUCUGCCGAAGCGGGCUACUUUGUGGCCAAGAUCAGGGCUGUUGACGCAGACUCUGGUUACAAUGCGCUGCUUUCUUAUCACAUCACUGAACCCAAGGGCAGCAGCCUCUUCCGAAUCGGAAGCAGCAGCGGGGAAAUAAGGACUAAGAGGCGAAUGAGUGACAAUGACUUGAAGACUCAUCCAUUGGUGAUUUUGAUCUCUGACCACGGAGAACCUUCCCUCUCAGCGACUGUGUCUAUUGACGUUGUGGUUGUUGAAGAUGGUAGUGAAGUAGGCCUACAGACGUCAUUCAAACAGCUGCCUGCCAAGGAGGAGAGUUUCUCGGAUUUAAAUCUCUAUUUACUGAUCGCCAUUGUGUCGGUGUCAGUUAUAUUUUUGCUGAGCCUCAUUAGUUUAAUAGCUGUAAAAUGCCACAGGACUGAUGGUGGGUUGAGCAAGUACAGCGCUCCAGUGAUCACCACACACCCUGACGGGAGCUGGUCUUACUCCAAAUCUACUCAGCAGUACGACGUGUGUUUUAGCUCAGACACACUGAAGAGUGACGUUGUGGUUUUCCCUGGACCGUUUCCAUCAGCAGAUGCGGAGCUGAUCAGCAUUAACGGAGCAGACACUUUUAAACGGAACCUAACCCUUCCUAACAGCGAGAAGGUAAGAAUAAUGUCUCCCUUCCUGAUCGCCAAGGCGGAGCUGUCCGUGCUCUGCUGGAAAUUAUUUAAUUUCUCAGCACUCAUUGUUGUGAUAUUUUAG